AUGAACGGGACCGAUUCCGAACCGGUAGUGGCAACAGGCCAACUGGACAUAACAUAUAGAGGACCUGAAUAUACACUCAUCCCACCGAGGAGCUAUAACGCCGUCAUAGAGUUCAAUGUCACCUUCGAGAAUAUAUCAAGUUACAAUCUCACCGACGACUCAGGAGAGCCGUGGAACGAAUACAUCCAGUUACUCCAAGACCGAGCCAUAUUAGUCGCUUUCCUUUUACUUUUCUCCUUAACAACUGUCUUCGGAAACAUGUUAGUGAUAUUAGCUGUCGUGAGAGAACGAUAUUUACAUACAUCCACAAAUUAUUUCGUCACCUCACUGGCGGUGGCUGAUUGCCUCGUCGGCUUAGUAGUGAUGCCUUUCUCUGCUCUAUACGAAGUUUUAGAACACACCUGGUUCUUCGGUGUCGAUUGGUGUGACGUUUGGCGUUCCCUUGACGUACUUUUCAGCACAGCUUCCAUCCUGAACUUGUGUGUGAUCUCCUUAGAUCGUUACUGGGCUAUUACGGAUCCAAUAACGUACCCAAUGAGAAUGAGCGGUAGGAAAGCCGCAUUUUUAAUAGCCGCCGUUUGGGUAUGUUCAGGGGCUAUAUCUUUUCCGGCGAUCGCGUGGUGGCGAGCGGUAAGGAUAGAAGAAGUGCCAGACUACAAGUGCCCGUUCACGGAUAACUUAGAGUACUUAAUAUUCUCAUCGACGAUAUCCUUUUACUUGCCUUUGUUUGUAAUGGUGUUCACUUAUUACCGUAUAUAUCGAGCGGCGACAAUUCAGACGCGAUCCUUAAAGAUAGGUACUAAACAAGUGAUGAGACCGAGUGGUGAAUUGGAGUUAACUUUGCGUAUACAUAGAGGUGGUACAGUGAGGCAGAGAAGUGAUGCGUGUCACGGUGUUUGCACUCCCGAGGAAGCAGAUCAGGAACCAUUGACGGCUCUUCAAAACAAUGGGCUGUCUCGUUCCUCAACGCGAUUAACCAAUGUGACUCAUGCUAAACACUUGCCUAAGAAUUUCUCUUUGUCGCGGAAACUCGCAAAGUUCGCGAAGGAGAAAAAAGCUGCUAAAACUUUGGGAAUAGUGAUGGGUGUGUUUAUAGUGUGUUGGUUGCCGUUCUUCGUGGUGAAUUUGCUGUCGGGCAUAUGCUCAGCUUGCAUAGCCCACGAGGAGAUUGUGAACGUUGUCGUCACCUGGUUGGGCUGGGUGAAUUCUUCCAUGAAUCCUGUUAUCUACGCGUGCUGGAGUAGAGAUUUCAGAAGGUACGUUUACCGUUUUUAUAGUCUUAUUGUAUAA